GGGAUCACAACGGAAAUUUGAUUAGAGAUUGAUGAGUCUCUCUUUUUCUUUGUGAUGUGUCUAAUAUAUGUGGCGAAAAAUCAAGCCUAGUUUAGCACCCAUAAAGUCUCUCCCGAUGAUCUGAAUGUCCAACAUGACGAAGCGAUGGGCGGGGGAGAAUAACAAGGCAAAUUUGUGGGCCACAAAAUGUGGCCGGAAAACUAGCUCCAACCUUUUGACCAGUAACUGGAGGUGAGGUGAGGUGAGGUGACGUGUAUCCUGGAAGCGGUGGAUUUUUCUGGUGUUGCGGCGUGUAGGGGAUACAGUACAGCCUCUCCGGUAAAAGCAGGACAGGAUCGACCAAAUUGAAUUGAAUCCCCAAAGAGAAAGCAGGGCCAAAAGCAAUGCCGCGGGAAAAGGGUGACAGCUGAGAGAGAGAGAGAGAGAGAGAGAGAGAGAGAGGGGGCCGAAGAGAAGAGAUGGGAAGAAACGAGAAGGCCAAGGAACGACGAGACCAGCGAUUGCAGGAGAUUUCCCUCCUCCGCACAAUUCCUUAUUCCGAUCACCAGAGGUGGUGGUCCACAGACACUGUUGCUGUGGUAACUGGCAGCAAUAGAGGAAUUGGAUUCGAGAUAGCAAGACAGCUUGCAGCGCAUGGACUGACAGUUGUGCUGACAUCAAGAGAUGACGCUGUUGGCGAGGAAGCGGCAAAGGUCUUGCAAGAGGGUGGUCUGAACGUGGUCUUUCAUCAGUUGGAUGUCACUGAUCCUUCAUCUAUUAGAAGCUUUGCUGACUGGAUUCAUGAAUCCUAUGGUGGUAUUGACAUCCUGGUAAACAAUGCCGGUGUUAAUUUCAAUGUAGGGUCUGACAACUCCGUUGAAUCCGCUCCGAUGGUUAUUUCCACGAAUUAUUAUGGAACCAAGAAUAUGAUUAAAGCAAUGAUCCCGUUGAUGAGACCUUCUGCUGCAGGUGCUCGUAUUGUUAAUGUGAGCUCCCGGUUGGGAAGAUUAAAUGGGAGACGAAAUAGAAUUGGAGAUUUGGCAUUGAGAGAAAAGCUAAAUGACAUUGAAACAUUGACGGAGGAAUUUGUUGAUCAUACAGUAUCUACGUUCCUGAAACAAGUAGAAGAAGGGACUUGGAUGUCUGGGGGGUGGCCUCAAACAUUCACCGACUACUCUGUAUCGAAGCUUGCAGUGAAUGCUUACACAAGACUGAUGGCAAAGAUCCUAAGUGAUCGCCCAGAAGGCCAUAAGAUAUUCGUGAACUGCUAUUGCCCAGGCUGGGUGAAGACUACAAUGACCGGUUGGGCCGGCAACAUUCCAACUGAGCAUGGAGCCGAUACCGGUGUAUGGCUUGCCCUGCUUCCUGAUCAGGCUGUUUCUGGUAAGUUCUUUGCCGAGAGACGGGAGGUAAGCUUCUAAAGCAAACUUAGUCUUUUUACAAGCGUGUUGGAUGACGAGAAAGAUAUCUGAAGGGUGUCCUAUCGCGGGACGGAGCAGGCAUGAAGGGAUUGCCUGAAUUCAUUCAAGGUCAGAUUAUGUAGUGGAGAGUUUGAUCCUCCACAAAUUGAAUUCUUGCGGUAAGCAUGAUCGGUUUUGGUUGGCUAGUUUCAUUAGGAAUUUGGGAUUUUAGGCUUGUGGAUUUGUUGCAUCCGUCUGGAAAGACAGCAAUUGUUGACGCUCGCUGCUGCCACGUGCAAAAUGUUGUCAGAGACCUCUCGCUGCAACUUCUAUUUGAGGAAGAUUUUGCCCCCUAAGUUAUAAUCUCGUUUUGUUACGCCAUACUUUUGAAUAUUUUUGCUGCAAGGAAGCCUAAAAUGAUGUUUUAUGGUGUCACGCUUCGUCUCGCAUAUCAAUCUUUGAUGGAAUCUAAUUGAUGCA